AUCCACCUUCUACCUGGCCAAGGCUGAGCUGUCUGGCCUGGGAAGAAGAGGGUCUGCUGCAGAGAACUGGAGUGGCCACUCUGACUGCCAGCCUUCUUCCUGGGGCUGGCCAGCCUACUCGAAUUCAGGCUUCACGGAGGCAUACACGGAGGCCUCCCUGGAAGCCCCGCCCAGCCGCCGAUCAGCUGAGAGGCGCCCGGGAGAAAAGCAGCUUGCCUGCUGCUUGGAUUGCCGACCAGGAGGACCAGAAGGAGGGAGGGCAAACAGGGCAAGUGGCUGAAGGGUCUUGGGGAUGGGCAGGGGGCAAUGGGGAGUCAUGGGAGGUGUCUCUGGGGGGCCCCUCAAGGCAGUGGGGCCCCGAGGCGACGGCCUCCCCCGGCCUCAUGGUAGUUACGCCCCUGCGUAGAAGCAUUCACUCUUCCAAGAUGUGGUGGUGAUGUCCGCUAGCUUGAAGGGCACAGAGGAUAGCUUCCUGGAGGCCUGCCGGAUGGCUGUCCCCUAUUGGAAGCAGAGUGCUGGGACAGAUGCAUCUUUGGUCUGAUCCAGCAAGGCUCUUCCGAGGUACUCAGGCCAUUGUAUUUCUUCCUGCAGUGUCUUCACGGUUGAGGAGGAUGGAUGGUUUCUCCAGACCGUGGACACCGAAUGGUCCUGUGAGAGUCCUGACAUCCAAGAGGCCAAGAUCCCAGAAGACAACACUAGGGAUCAGGAGCUGGACGUGGAGAGCUUUGUCAGUUCCCCGAGCGUCCAGAGGCCAAGCACCGUGUUGAGGAGGCUGCAAAACACCGCCGCUGACCAAGAGCCAUCCCUUGGAGAGAGUUCUUCCUUCCCGGGGGCCGAGACUCCACAUGCCAGCUUGGAGGAAGAGGGGUUGGAAGGGGACUAUGCCACCAGUUCCCCCAGAGUCCAGAAGCCAAAGAAGUGGCUCAUCAAGAAGAUGAUGAAGAACACCUACACGGUGGAAGACUCGUCCUCCGCGGAGUGCUCCUCGACGGACGAGGACGACACGAUGCAUGACAUCAGCAGCAUCGAGGACGAGGUGUGGGACUCUCCGCUGACCCCCAGUUCGGCCAGGCACAUCGGCGAAGAGGAAAGAAGAGGACAGCUGGCCCCAGAUUGGUUCUCCUCGGUCCAUCUGGGAGAGGGGAGAGCAACAAAGAAGAUUGGGGACGUCAUCCGGAGCGUGGAGUAUGCCAGUGAGGUGCAGGAGAGGUUCCCCGAACUCCUGGUGGGCCUGGUCAACAAGAUCCUCACCGGCCUGCAGAACACCACCGAGGGAGUCGGGAACCGAGACAGCCAUUACCUGCCUCCUGAGGAGACCACGCAGAUUGUCCGAACCCUGCUGGAGAGGGUGGCACAGGUGACCCCAGAGAAGACCUGCUGGGAAUCCCUGUGCUCUCCGCAGAGCUGCCUCCAGGGUGUGGCCCUCUUGGUGAGGGCUCUCCUAAAGACACCAUCCUCCACAGUGGCCAGGCUGAAGGCAUACCUGGCUUCCCUCUUCAGCCUCGAUAAAGAUCCAGAAGAGCAUUCCCUCGCAGAGGUGGCCUUCUUUGUGGAGCUGCUCCUGAAAGACCAAGACUUUGCUGCCUUAGAGAAGACCUGGACGCUCCUGGUAGCGUGGCUAGUCCACCCCAGCCAGAACAUCCGCUACCUGAGCGAAAGGGGUCUUCUCCAAAUUUAUGGCACCCUGAAGGCGGCGAAGAAACCCCAGGAUUUUAGUGCCGGGAUCCUGGGAGGGCUCAGGACCUCCAGUCUGGAAGCCACUUUGGGGGUCCUGGCCUUCAUGGAGCGGCUGAGGCACUGUCCAUCAGAACACCAGGCCACGGUGAAUGCUGUCCUGGCUGCCCUGUGCCGCCCUCUCUUCCACCACGAGGAGGCUAAGAUCCGAAGGGCAGCCAUGAGGAGCCACCUGGAUCUCCUGCAGCACCGCCACCACCAUCAUGAGGGUACAGAGGAGAACAUCACGACCCUCAUCGCGGUGCUGAUUCAUGUGGAGGAUGAGGACCUGGAGGUAGCACAGGCUGCGAAGGACAAUCUGAGCCUCCUGGCGGAAGCCCUCCUAUGGCACCUGGAGGGCAAGCUGCUGGCGCGGGACUCUUACAGCCUGCAGGAGCUGCUCCACAAGAUCGCCAAGCGUCUGAUUCGGCAGCUCGGCACAGAGGACGCCGUGGAGAUGGAGGCCACCAAGAUCCUGGGCUUCUUCCGCAGCGAGCAGCCUUCAGUGAGGAGAACGGCUGCCCUGCUGAUCGGUCACCUGGUCCACAAAAAGGGCAGCAUCCUCACUGAAGGGAACAUAGAGACCUUCCAUGCUGCGCUGGAGAGCUUGCUUGGCGACCAUGACCCCGAGGUCGGGAGAGUUGCCUGCAAGACAGAGAAGAUCGUGAAGAAGGCCUUUUCCCUCCACUCCCGGCACGGGCUGCGGGCUGCCGUUCGGCGCUUGUGGGCGGGCUGUAAGAAGAAGAGACACCCGCCAGAGUACGGUGAUCUCUCCACCUGACCGACUGGAACAACAGCCCUGUGCUCUCCCCUUGAAGAUCAGCAGCUGAAGGGAGGUUCAGGAAAGACCGUGCAGCGCAGGGGCCUCCCAGAAGACCUCCUCCAACCGCGUGGACACAAGAUCUGUCCACAAGAAGACAUCCAGCAGGGAAGUGCAGUUCUGUCUGAGGAGUGAGGGGGAAGCAGGCUCCACUCCCCUGGCCCAAGGAAGCCCCGCCUCUGGGGUGCAGAAGCCCCUCCCCUUGCUUCUGCUGGCAGGCAGUGGGAGGAGGCUACAGGACCACCUUGCCCCCAAAUGGCCCUUUGGAACCAUUCUUGGGCUUCCCUUGGGUCCGGGGAGGCUGUGUGGCCCCAGCAGGAGGGCAAAGUCACCGCCUCCCUCCAUUCCCACCAGCUGGCCAGGGAGCGCCCCCUCCUCCUUCCACCUUUCUCCCCUUCCCCAGCGGCCUGGCUUCCCCUGGCAGGGGAAGCCCCAUCCAGGCAUCCGCCCCCUCCCCUGCCGAGGGUGUGCUCCUCCCCCCCUCCACUCCCGCAGCCACGCCUCACUCCCCCCUCCGCUCCCUCCUCCUUCCUCCCAAACCGGUGUAGCAGCAGAGGAGCCUGGGAGACUCUGGGCCCCCCCUGCAGCCCCAGUAGCGCCCCCUGGAGCUGCCCGGUGGCAGGCCAGAGAAUCCUCCUCUCCCUCCUGCUCCAUGCUGUGGCUGCACAGUCGGGAGCCCGAAUUCUCUGGCUUGCCCCCCCAUCAACCCCCAGCCCACUGCCCGAUCCCCGCUUGCUGGGCUGCCAGAGUGGAAAGGGAGGAGGAGCAGGGCAACCCCACUGACGCUGCUUUGUGCUUCUUGCAGGCAUGUGCUGCUGCUGGGAGGCUGGAGGAGUCGAUCCGCCCCAGAAGAGGAGACCACGUGAACAUGCCUGCAAGGAGCGGUGGGGUGGGUGAGGGCUGGCUGGGACUCCCCCCAAUUUUGUUUGCCCUGCCAUUCCCUUCUUCUGUGUGACCCUGGGCUUCCUCCCUUCCCUCCUUCCCUCCCUCCCUCCCCCUCCCUCCCAGGGACAGAAUGGGCUUUGCUGGUCGCCCUGUUGGGGGCCGAGUAGGAAUUUUUGGCUUUCCAACAGAUUGGCCAAGAUGGAAAGUUUUUUUGCCUACUCCAUUCUGUCCUGUUUUGUUUCCUUUAGUUAGAAAGUUAAGUGACGACUUGUAACCUAUUUAAGUAUAUUAAUAAAGUUGCCCCUUUUGUUAAAAACA